CAGAGGGACAGAAAAAAGACCAGGGGUUGCCAGAAGCUUGACUUUAUAACCAGACACCUAGCUGGUCGGAUAACGACUCAGAACCUAGCUGGAGAAUAGCAACACCUUCAGAUGAGCGUUGGGAAUGAAUAAAGAAAUGUCUUUCGGGUGGUAUGAAAAUCGUUUACUGCUCCCCCUCCCCCAUGCGCCCCAUAAUUCCACGAUCCGGAAAGAAGGCCUUAAAUUGGGGGGCAAGGAGGGGAUAUGAACACUGGUCAAAAUGAAUGGCUCUUCCUCCCACAGUAUCUAGCAUGGCUUGGGAAAGUCUCACCUUCAUUUCCCCCCCAGUUUAUCAGUUUUGAAAUGGGGCUUUACUCCCUGCGGAGGAAGGCCGGCUCUCCACCCUUGCCUAUCCGGUGCGGACCUCGCAGCGCUUGGGGUCCGCGGUGCGCCGCUCCGGGGCUGGGCGCGGCCGUCCCGAGCGCCCACCGUGAGUGUGGUAGCCCGGGGCUGUGACAACGGACCCGAGCCGGGCGCUGCAGCACGGGGACCCGCGGGGAGGCGUGCGCGGGGCAGGCGGCCGCCGACCGGCCGGCGGGUCUGACGCGCUGCCGCGCUCGCAGUCUCGCUCCGGCUCCAGAGUGCGCGCCGCUGCUUCCCGCGCCUCGGAAGCGUUGCGUUGCGUUGCGGGCCGCGCCGCUGCCGCCGCCGGAUGGCGAAGCUGCGGGAUUGCCUGCCCCGCCUGAUGGUCACGAUCCGCUCCCUGCUCUUCUGGUGCCUGAUCUACUUCUACUGCGGGCUCUGCGCCUCCAUCUACCUGCUCAAACUUUUGUGGAGCAUCGGCAAGGGACCCACGCAGACCUUCCGGCGAGUCGCCCGGGAACACCCGCCCGCGUGCUUGAACGACCCCUCUCUGGGUACCCACUGCUACGUGAGGAUCAAGGAUUCGGGGUUAAGAUUUCAUUAUGUUGCUGCUGGAGAAAGAGGCAAACCACUUAUGCUGCUGCUUCAUGGAUUUCCAGAAUUCUGGUAUUCUUGGCGUCACCAACUAAGGGAAUUUAAAAGUGAAUAUAGAGUUGUAGCACUGGAUUUGAGAGGCUAUGGAGAAACAGAUGCUCCUGUUCAUCGAGAGAAUUAUAAAUUGGACUGUCUAAUUACAGAUGUAAAGGAUAUUUUAGACUCUUUAGGGUAUAGCAAAUGUGUUCUUAUUGGCCAUGACUGGGGAGGCAUGAUUGCUUGGUUAAUUGCCAUCUGUUAUCCAGAAAUGGUGAUGAAGCUUAUUGUUAUUAACUUCCCUCAUCCAAAUGUAUUUACAGAAUAUAUUUUACGACACCCGGCUCAGCUGUUCAAAUCCAGCUAUUAUUACUUCUUCCAGAUACCAUGGUUCCCAGAAUUUAUGUUCUCCAUAAAUGAUUUCAAAGCUUUGAAACAUCUGUUUACUAGUCAUAGCACUGGCAUUGGAAGAAAAGGAUGUCGACUAACAACAGAAGAUCUUGAAGCUUAUAUUUAUGUUUUUUCUCAGCCUGGAGCAUUAAGCGGUCCAAUUAACCAUUACCGAAAUAUCUUUAGCUGCCUGCCUCUCAAACAUCACAUGGUGAUCACUCCAACACUACUACUGUGGGGAGAGAAAGACGCAUUUAUGGACGUUGAGAUGGCUGAAGUCACAAAGAUUUAUGUUAAAAACUAUUUCAGGCUAACUAUUUUGUCAGAAACCAGUCAUUGGCUCCAACAAGAACAACCUGACAUAGUGAACAAAUUGAUAUGGACAUUUCUAAAAGAAGAAACACGAAGAAAAGAUUGACUUUUUCUAUGAGGAAUCUAUAAUGGAAUCUCCAAAUAAUUUUUAAAAAUUGUUCAUCAACUUCUUUAAGCUUCAUUAGGAAAAAAUUGUUUUAAUAUGCUUUAUUAUAAAUAAGUAUCCUGACAAAUGAUAUUGAAAAAAAUCUGAGAAUGUGUGAACUUGUAGUAUAAUGUUGAUUUUCUUCUUCUGUUGUAUUUUGCACAGAAAAGCAUUUGCCUUAAAAUGUAUACACUUGGACAAAAAGGAAGUUGGAAAAAGUGGCUCAGUUUUGGGUUUUUUUGCAUUCUUUACCUUGUUAAUAUAUGGUGCCUUUUACAAAUGUAUAUUAAAGAUUAGUUGUGCCAUAUUAAAAGGCAAACGUGCAAUGCUAUACAUUUUUAUUUUAUUGUUCAAAAGUUCUUUUUACUAUUUUUUAACCAUUAAAAAAUUCUGUUAUCAAA